AGGCAAUAGGCUUAAGGAAGAGAAGUAAGCUACACCAUUUGUUUUCACUUUUAUGACGCGCCUUAUCAAUAACAAUAAGCACUAAGCUCUAACAAAAAUCUUCAAUGGCUACUCUGAGCUUCAAUCCCACCAAGUUCAGAGACCAAAAUACUUCAGUUCCUUACAAACCCAUCUCCAAUUUCACUUCUUUUUCUCAGCCCACUAAUUUUCCAUGUACUUCAAAUCAUCCUCAUAUAACAACAAUUCAUAUCCUUAAAACCUCAUCAAAAUGCAAACGACACCGUUUUCAUUUGAUCAACUCAGUCUCUGAGAGCUCAAUUUCAUCCCCAAUUGAAGAAUCUGAUGAACCCAUUGAAGAUGACCCAACUGCAGAAUUGAGCUAUGUUGACCCGGAAACUGAACCCGAAAGCUUAACGGAAUGGGAACUGGAUUUUUGCUCCAGACCUAUUCUUGAUAUCAGGGGUAAAAAGUUAUGGGAGCUUGUUGUUUGUGAUAGUUCCUUAUCUCUUCAAUAUACAAAGUAUUUCCCUAAUAAUGUUAUCAAUAGUAUCACUUUGAAGGAUGCCAUUGUUGCUAUUUGUGAUGAAUUGGGUGUGCCUCUUCCUGAGAAAAUUAGAUUUUUCAGGUCUCAAUUGCAAACCAUUAUAACCAAGGCAUGCAAGGAGCUUGGUAUUAAACCUGUUCCAAGUAAAAGGUGCUUAUCAUUACUUCUCUGGUUGGAAGAGCGGUAUGAAACCAUUUACACACGACAUCCAAACUUCCAGAAAGGAGCUAAGCCACUUAUGGUGUUAGAUAACCCUUUUCCGAUGGAUCUUCCUGAUAAUUUGUUUGGAGAGCGGUGGGCUUUUGUCCAGUUGCCUUAUUCAGCGGUGCGAGAGGAGGUUUCAUCAUUGGAGAAGAGAUUUGCGUUUGGAGCUAGUCUAGAUUUAGAUUUGCUUGGAAUUGACAUUGAUGAUAAAACACUGAUUCCUGGUUUAGCUGUUGCAUCUUCGCGUGCCAAACCAUUAGCAGCGUGGAUGAAUGGAUUGGAAGUCUGCUCUAUUGAAGCAGAUACUACUCGAGCUUGUUUAAUUUUAUCUGUGGGAAUUUCAACACGGUAUAUUUAUGCUACAUAUAAGAAAACACCUGUGACGACUCAAGAAACCGAGGCAUGGGAGGCAACUAAGAAAUCUUGUGGAGGCUUGCAUUUCCUUGCUAUUCAGGAAAACCUCGACUCAGAUGAUUGUGUUGGAUUUUGGCUCCUUUUAGAUUUGCCACCACCACCUGUAUAAUUAUCUCACAACCAAUCUAUGUAAAUCUUUUGGGCAAAGCUUGAGCUAGCACCCUUAUUAAUACUCAGCCAAUGCCUCGUCUUCUAGUUUGUGCCUCAGAAAGGAGCAACUCUUUGACAUAUAAUAAAAUGAAGUUUUCACAA